AUGUGGAAAUAUUUUCUUUUCCUGUGCAUUGGGAGUGUUUACUGUGAAUAUAAAUAUGAGACGAAACUCUUCAAAGUACCUCUCGAUCAUUUCGGUUAUCAAAGGAACGAAACAUUUAAUAUUAAGUAUUUGGUGAACGAUGAGCAUUGGGACAGCAGUUCGGGACCGAUAUUUUUUUACACCGGAAAUGAGGGUCAAAUAGAGUUGUUCGCAAAACACACCGGCUUCAUGUGGGAGAUCGCCGCUCACUAUCGCGCCAAACUUGUGUUUGCAGAGCAUAGGUACUAUGGGACCUCAAUGCCAUUCGGUAAUAAAUCUCUGGAUAAUGAGCAUAUUGGGUACCUGACAGCUGCGCAGGCGCUCGCCGAUUAUGCAGACUUGAUUGACUUCCUGCAAGGCGAAUCUAUGCAUCCUAGAUAUCCUGUUGUUGCGUUCGGUGGCUCGUAUGGUGGAAUGCUGGCCGCCUACUUUAGGAUUAAAUAUCCUCACAUAAUAACGGGUGCUAUUGCUGCCUCAGCCCCAGUACACAUGUAUCCAGGCAUGGUGCCUUGCGAUGUUUUCGAUAGAAUUGUCACUUCCAGCUUCAAAGUGGCUAAUGCUAAGUGCGUCGAGAAUAUCAGGCAGUCGUGGUCGUUGAUCAGAAAGUAUGCAACAAACACGACAACCAGUGAGUGGCUACACAAGAAUUGGAAACUUUGUGACCCAAUCAAAGAUGGCAAAGACAUUGACGUAUUAGUUGAAUUCCUUCAAUCCAUGUAUGAGACCCUGGCGAUGGUGAAUUACCCAUUCCCCUCGGAUUUCCUCGUCUCCCUACCAGCACGGCCAGUUCGAGUCGUCUGUCAGUAUUUAAAUGAGACUCUUGAUGGCGAUAAGUUACUUGAAGGAAUCGGCAAAGUAUUGCAAGUAUUUACAAAUUAUGACGGAAAGAGUUCUUGCGUGGACUACAAGAAGGGGAAUGACUAUGGAAACCUUGACGCAAGUGGGUGGGAUUAUCAGGCCUGCACUGAAAUGAUAAUGCCUAUGUGCACAACAGGAAGGGAUGAUAUGUUUGAGGCCUCAUCAUGGAACUAUACGAAAUAUGCAGAGGAUUGUCACAGGAAAUAUAACGUAUAUCCUCGACCUGAGGCUGCGAGGAUCCAGUAUGGAGGCGACAGACUACACGCUGCGUCUAAUAUUGUCUUUAGUAAUGGUUUACUGGAUCCAUGGGUUGGAGGUGGUAUUUUGAACAGCAUCAGCAAAACCGUCACGACCGUUGUUAUAAUUGAUGGCGCGCAUCACCUAGACCUUAUGCCAAGUACACCGUAUGAUCCAGCAACGGUACAAAUGGCACGUACUAUCCAUAGACAGAAUAUAGACAAGUGGCUUAAAGAGUUUAGAGAGCAGAGGAGGAGGCAUUGA